AUGUCCACCGCCGUGUACCAAUACGUGUCCAGCAUGACCCCGCGCUUCGCGACGGAGGUACUGAAACCCAUCGCGCUCUCGUCGCACGCGCACUUCCUCAGCUUCCAGUGCGGCGAGUGCCCGCGCCAGUUCUCGCGCCGCUACGCGCUGCAGGAGCACUUGGCCACCCACACGGGCGAAAAGCCCUACGUGUGCCCCGCUCGCGGGUGCGGCAAGCGCUUCACCACCACGAGCAACCUGGCGCGGCACCGCCGCCUGCACGGCGACGAGCUCCAGCCGCUCGCGUGCCCCGCGCCGGCCUGCAGCAAGACCUUCUCCACGCAGCACAAGCUGCAGCGCCACAUGCGCGUCCACAUGAGCGCGCCCACGCGCCGCUGCAAGUUCGCCAACUGCAACAAGACCUUUAGCUCCACGGGCAACUUGAACCGCCACAUGCGGAACCAGCACAUCCGCUUCGGCCACCCGCUGGCGAGCGAGGCCAAGAAGCUGGAUCAGUCGCCCACCAGCGUGGACGCCGAUCCGGCCAGUCUGUUCGCGUGGGGCGGUGAUAGCAGCAGCAAUAGCGCUGCCGCCGUCCAAGUGACCCCCAUCGGCGAGGACUUGGCUCUGGACGCCAGCAGCGAGCACGACGUCUCCGACGAAGAGCUGCUCGAGGUGCUGUUGUGUCUGUUAGACGACGAGCCUAUGGCCAGCAAGGACGACGACCAGCAGGACACACAAGGAGGACGACCAGCAGGACAGACCACUGCGCCGACUCCUGUCGGACUGUAG